CGAAAUGUGGGCGGGCUAGGGGAGACGUCGUCCUGCAAAGCGCUCUUGGCUGGGUUACUAGAAGACGGCUCUCCGCCUCGCCUGCGCCUCCAUCGGCGCCGCCCAGGAGCGCAAGGAAAACAGCCGCGGUUUGGCAAUGUGGCGGCUUCUCCUGCAGCUCGGCCGUCGGGGUUCUCCCUCCCUCCUGCCUCCUGGUGCGUUGGGGAGCUUUGGGGUGAGACCCAGAACUGUAGCCUCGAACCAUGCAUAUAGCACAGACGAGAGGAAUGCCACUAAGUCCACUGAGCGCUUUCCAACACGUAAGGAGGAUUUGCCAAACGAUAUAGCAGAGCUUAUGAAGAGAGAAGAAGCAAAGCGUGGGUUUUUACCCAAUGUGUUCAAGGUGAUGUCUCACCGCCCAGCAGAACUCAGAGCAUUCCUUGCUUAUUUCAAUGCCGUCGUGAACAACGAGACAGGAAACCUUAGCAUGGCUGACAAAGAGCUCAUUAUCGUGGCUACGAGUGUUGCAAACCAGGUUCCCUACUGUGCAGUUGCACACGGUGCCUUACAUCGGAUGUACUCUAAGAAACCAGUCCUGGCAGAUCAGAUCAUGGUGAACUGGAAAAUGGCUGACCUAAGUGAUCGUGAGCUAGCCAUGCUUGAGUUUGCACUCGCUGUCUGUCGAGCAGAUACCAUCACCAAUGAGCACUUUCAGAAGCUGGAGGCACACGGGUUUGACCGAGAAGAUGCUUGGGACAUAGGCGCCAUUUCAGCCUUUUUUGCCAUGGCAAAUCGCAUAGCUCAGUUCACAGAUAUGCAUCCAAACCCAGAAUACUACACCAUGGGAAGGACACCGAGAGAGAAAGAGAAGACCAAAUAGCACCCAAAUCUUUGGAAGGAAAUUGGACUCUGGAUGCUAGGGCCAAAGUUCACUAAUUAGUAAGUGGCGGAUACAAGUUAAAAAUGGCAGGCAAAGAAUGCAGUGAGAAGGGAAAUGCACUUUCUAUUGCACAAUAGUCCUGAAGAGCAGUGCUAUUUUUCUAGAAAAAGAGGUGCUGGAACUCACCAUGAAUGCCUCCCUUGUUCUCUUAUAAUGGCACCCACUUGAGAGGUGCCGGAACUGAGUUCAGGUGAGUCCCUCCUGAAAAAAGCCCUUUACAAGUACUAUAUAUAAACUAUAUCCCUAUAUAUACCUAUAUGUCUUCUUAGGAACAUUUCCAUCUGCACCAUCUAAAACUCAAAUCAUAAAGAUGUGAAAGGUUUCCCAAGCUAUCUGUUAAAAUUAAUAGGGCGAGCCAAUGAAGAGUAAUUAUGGAGCUUCUCAUUUCAUCAUGAUGCGUCUUCUAGGAAGUCAAUAUUUAACCGCAGUAUGCAAGGAAGCGAGUGAAAAUAUACAGCUAAAUAAAUAACCAACCCCAUUUUGCAAGAAAGUAAAUCUUCCAUCUCUGCAGGUUUAAUGAUGUACUUUGGUAGUUGCAUUCCAUUUCACAGACUUGUAAAUAAAUAAGAUUAAAAUGGUCAAGUA